UAAACUUUGUUUUUUUUUUUUGCCGACUAUCCUUUCUCCAGUUUCAGUUUAGUGUAUGUAAUGUAUUGCCAACCUUAAGCUGCUAAGUAUCAUAUUUUUUGGGUGUGUUUGUGUUGGGGAAAUGAGCCCUUGAUGUUGAUUGUUUUUUUUUUUGUGACUGAAUUUAAUCUGUGUAAUCUCCAAAAAAUUUGCCAUUUUUUUAAACUUUGGUUUUGGUGUUUUUGGUUCUUGAGCAAAGCCAUUGUAGUAAUUUGCAAAUGUAUGAAUGGGUUUGAGAUUUCUUAUAGGAUAAUGAUAUGUUCCUUACCCUACCAUUGUAUAGAUUCAUAUCAUUCGGUGAUUUUACAAUAUAAUUGUUAUUGUAACCAAUUGCAAUUGCUCGUCCUUAUAUUUUUAUCGAGUAAAAAAAAAUGAAAAGAAAGAAAAGGGUAAUCCACGUUAGUUUUUUUAUUGUCAUUGUUGGAAUUGUUACAUCUUGGAACAUGAGACCAAGUGUUCUUCCUUCUUUAAAGGGGAAAUAAAAUCAAUUUCCCCAUUAGCAUAUUAUUCCCAAAUUUGCAUUAUCCGAUAAUUUAGGCUUAUAAUUCGGUUGAAUCUGUUUCUUUUUCUGGAUUUUCUAAAGAUUUUGAUGCCCUUUUUGUUUUAAUUUCCUUGUACAUCCAAAGCACUGCAUACAUUGCCUUGUGUAUAUAUGCGCAUGUAUACACAGAUACACAGAGAGAUCAUAUAGGCCGUACGAAUUGGCAAACCAUCUUCUACGAGAUGAAUCCCGGAAGCACAAACGAGGUUUCAUUUUUCCUUUUUCUGGGUUUUAAAAUUAAUACAAACAGUAAUAUUCGCCUCAAGAAAUCGACAUAGAUCCUGGUCCUGUUCGAUGAGAUCUCUUGGCGAAGUACAUUGAAUCCGUUCUGUUUUCAGAUGAAUGACACCAAACACUUCACAGGCGCUCCAGCUUCCAUGGAACUCGUGUCUGACAAAGCCAAAACUGAAGCCACUGUUGUGUCUGAAGGAAGAGAGCAGCAACCAAACGCCAGACCCGCGUCUUCAACCGCUGAAACAAACCGCAGUAGCAGCGAUACAAACGCUCCUAUGAAUCCACGCCCUCUUCCCAAGGUGAACUUUGCAAAACUGGAAACAGCUCGGCUGUGGGAUUAUUGCAGAUUCUAUGGAAUUGGCGUAAACGAUGGUCUGAGCAGGGACCAAUUACUCGAUGCCGUGAAUCUCCACUUCGUCUCUCAGCCAGUUUUGAAGGAGGAAGAAGUUUUGUCGAAGUUUGCCAUUGCAGUUGUCGCGGACCAAAGGCGAAAACGUAUUAGUAGACGUUGAGGAUGAUCGACUUUGGAUUAAAAAAAAAUAUUCUCUCGGUUUCUCAAUUGAACAUGAAAUAGUUUGAACUAAAUCUGUAUAUCACAUCUUUAUGUUAUAUAUAUAUAUAUA